AUGGUUCCGAAAGUGAUUCCCGUUUACUCAUGGUUCCGAAGUCUAUGUGGUCAUUCUGGUCCACAAAGAAUACACAGUCCAAUGAAGUUUCUUCAAAUAAGGUCUACUAAUUCCGGAGGAGGAAUUGGUUAUGUUCCUUAUUAUAAGAAACUUACGUUUGCCGGUAACAAAGAAAAUGAAGAGCCAAAGAAGAAGAGACGCAAAUGUGCAACAGAAAAUGUAAAGAGAAUUUCUGUUUUUUUUUUCAUCGAUAUUCAAGCUGUCUGUACACCGGAUCGAACAUCAAAAAAUAAGUCAAGUGAAAAUUUAGGAUAUCGUACUUCGCCUAAGUACAUAUCUAAGAAACCUUUACCAAAUCCUUUUUUGGUAAAUCAUGAAUUUGAAACAGAGGAGGAGGAGGAAAAUAGCAUUGAAUUUGAUGCAAAUCUUACAAUUGUUGGCGGAAAAAAUGAAUGGUUUGUAGAUGGGCUAAAUAUACGAGAACAUCUCAAGGAAUAUCAAAACAAGAAAAACUUGACAAAGACGUCUCCUGAAUAUUAUGACAUCAUUUUGUUCAAUUCCACUAAUGAUGGAUUUUUAGAAACGUUGGAUAAUAUUAUUGUAUCACAAAUGGUAAAUGAUAUAACUGAUAUGGAAAAAGAGGUGAAAUCAUUGUUAGAUAGAAUCAUUGAUCGUGAUAUUAUAAUAACAAAAGAAAAUAUUCAGAAUGUAAAAGAAAAUGAAUUACUUUCAUUUGAAAGAAAAUUCGCUUUUAAGAUUCAACUUAUAGAAGAGGUUAACAUUUUAGUCGAACCAAUGUCAGAAGGCACAUACAUAAAUAGUGUCUUAGCUCCUAUACUUAAUGAAAUUUUUUUCAAGAACAAAAGUAGUUGGCGUGCAGUUUACGGUGAAACUUGUCUAAAAACUAGUGCUAAGGACAAGAACUCGCAGAAGUAUGACUCUGAAAGAAGGGCACCCGGAAAAAAGAUCGAUGUAAUCCUUGAACUACGAAAUGAAAAGGAAGAGUUUUCUAUAAUCGAAAUUAGUGGCCCACCACUUAAAAAGGAUUGGUCUCAUUAUAAAGGUGAUCGAUUGAAGAUCGCAAAGUUGUUGAAGACCAUGGUCAACAAUUUUGCGGAAAUAAAACCAUAA